UGGAAGUGUUGGCCGAAGAAACACCGCCUGGCGUCCUAGCUCUUUGUAACGCCAUCCAGCAACCACCGCCAAACUACAUUAUUUCUACCUCACUCGGACGUAUGUAAAGAUGAAUUUAGGAUUGAAUUGCCAAUUUGAUUGCUAGUCUUCGUUUUUUCUUCUUUGCAAUACAGUCAAUGUGUGAUCACCGUACAAUGGAUCUCCUGUGCUUCGAAGUCGAUCAAAUCAAAAGGGCUUACGAAGAUCCUGUUUUAUUAAAAGACAACAGAGUUUUAGAAAAUCUGCUAUCGUCUGAGGACAAGUAUACUCCUUCAUUUGGGUAUUUCAAAUGGCAAACGGACUUGAAAGAUUUCAUGAGGAAAAUGGUAGCGACUUGGAUGUUGGAGGUCUGCGAAGAACAGCAAUGCGAAGAGGAAGUUUUUACCCUUUCUAUGAACUAUGUUGAUCGGUUUUUAUCCGUGACGCAAAUGAAGAAAAAAUACCUUCAACUUCUUGGAGCAGCAUGCAUGUUCCUGGCAUCCAAACUCAAAGAGACUCUACCACUGACGGCGGAAAAACUAUGCAUUUACACAGAUCACUCAAUUACAUGUGACGAACUCUUGGACAUGGAACUGCUUGUAUUGACCAAACUUAAAUGGGAUUUGUCGGCCGUCACGCCUCAUGACUUUCUUGAGCAAAUUCUCAGUCGAUUACCGCUUGAUAAAGACAAUAGUGACGUGGUCAAGAAGCAUUCACGAACAUUUAUCGCACUUUGUGCAACAGAUUACAGGUUUGCAGUUUACCCACCGUCCAUGAUAGCUGCAGGAAGUAUUGGCGCUGCAAUACAUGGUUUGAAUGAUGUCCACUCACAAUGCAAAUCUUACACAAAUAUUACAGAACGUUUACAAACUAUUACAGCAAUCGAUUCGGAUUGUUUAAAGGAGUGCCAGGAACAGAUAGAACAGCUACUCAAUAACAACCUAUGUCCUGUUCCAACAAAGCAUGAGAAUGAGAAAGAAAUUGAACAGCCAACAACCCCCACCGAUGUCCAGGACGUUCAUUUUUGAAUACUGCAAUCAACUAAACUGAUCCGAUUCGUAGAAUGUUAUAAGAAUGCUACGUUGCUAUGUACAAUACGGUUCCUAAAACAUCGUGAUGUAAAGCUGUGUUCCAGAAAUCUUCAAAACUGCAAUGAUCUAGUCAUGUUACUUCAUCUCACAGGACAGUCUUUGUAAUCAACGAGAAAACUGACAAUCAAUCCAACUUUGCUGUUACUUUCGUGGAACACUGCCCUCUAUGUGACUUUUUAGUUUUGUUGCCUAGUAACAUCACUAAAAUCUACACUGCUAACCAGUUUACUGUCUACUGCCCAAUUCAUGUGUACAAUUUAUUUGUAUAAAACUGCCCAAAUUUGUAAGUUAGAAAGAAAAAAAACUGCCUGUUUUCCAGUCUUCAUAAUUUCUCUUUUGCAUAUCAUCGUUAACUGCCAGUUGCUAAUCAAUAUGCGAAAGAGAAACUGCCAAUUUUUAGACGAAUAUUGUAUUUUUAUAACGUUUUUAUCAAAAUUUUGAACCAAAUUAUGUUUGUAUGAAUCCCCAGAUUCAUCUCUACUGAGAUAUUCAUUCAUUCGUUUGUUUUUGUUUAAAAUUUUUUUUAUCUUGCUAUCACUAUGGUAACCCACUGAUACUCAGUUGCUGAAACUGAUGGAGUCGUUUAUUGUCACUAGAAAUUUAUUUUCAUGGUUUUGAACGUAAUUUUUACCGAUUUGUUAUGAAUCAGUUUUGUUACCAUAGCAACCAUGAAAAUGAAGUCUGCAGUUUGAAUGAUUUCACAUUAGACAGCUGGGAUUUAUUUUAAAUCUGCUUUUUUAUCUCUAAUUAUAUUCGAUUAUCCCUACUUUUAUUGUGGAGUUGCAUCAAUGGAAUUCCUGUCAUACAAGAUUUGGGAAAUUUUCAUGAAUUUAAAAAAAAAAUCAUCUUCUAAAAAAAAUUAUACAUUUAAAUGUAUUCAUUGCACCAGCCAACUAUUGUUUUAACAGUUUUGUGUGAACUUUGAACUUAGUGUUUGUUUGGUUGAAUUGGGUUUUAUUAUUAUAUUCCGUCAUGACAUACGGAAAAUGUUAUUGCUUGUCUUAUCUAUUUAUGAAAAUAAUGGAAUAUCCCACCUUCCCAGAAUGCACUAUCAAAAUUAGUGAGGGAACUAAGGAUUGUGGGACAAUUACAAUAUUAUUUACAAUUAUUGUAUCGUUUGUUUGUUGGUUGGUUGAUAAUUUACUCUUGAUUUCUCUUUUAUACCUCAUGUAUGUAUAAAAUACAGUAAGUUAGAUGAAGUCUUGUUACCUAGCAACUGUAGCCAUAUUGUUAUUUACGUAAUUUGUCCAGAUAAAUGUAUUAGCAAACUUGCUUGAAAACUAAAGUUAAAAUAAAUUGUUCAUGCGUGUUUGUAAACAAAUUUUACCUCAUACCGUACCAGAAUGAGGCUAUAUUUUCUCAAAAUUCCACUUUUUAAAAUUCUAUUUUAAUAUGCAAAAAGAUUCAAAUCUGGGAUAAAUUUACUUAAAAAUUGUGGAAACAUUUUGGGUGAAUUUUGACAUGAAAUGUUUUUUUUUUUUUUUUUGAACUGUGAAAGUCAACUGUAUAUGCUGUACUUCUGUUGGUUGCCUGGGUAACAAUUCAUUUCCCCCCCACAAUGCAACUACAUCUUUACUUUCAAAAUUAUAUAUUUGAGAUUUGAUGAUAAUUAUAUACAUUCAUUGUGAGAAAUUGCUGUUACCAUGGUAAUUGGUCAGCCAUCUUGGUUGUGUUUGUAAAUGGUGUGACUAUAGUCAGUGGUCAAGUGGUGAAAGAUUCAUUGUAUAUAUAAUGAUAUUAUGAAAUAAAGCACAUUUCAUAUGAAGAA